AUGGACUUUGACCCGUUAAGCUUCUUCACACCGGACUCUACAGAUGGUGACGAUCACGUGGAUACCAAUAACGGUGUUAUUCCCCGCGAUGGUGGUGAUGUAGGCGGCUUCAUACCCAACGUUGAUGAUGGAGACCUUGAAGAUGGAGACCUUGAAGAAGGUCCACUACACAUACUCGAUUUCCCACAGCUGAACGGGCGCUUGCCCGCUGCUGUCCUCAUAUCACUGCUGAAGCUGCUGGCACGGAACGAGGAGACGAAUUUCGGGAAGGAAGAGACGUUGAUGCUGGACCAGCUGCUGGUGCAAAGGUCCAUUGAUCUUGAGGAUUACGGCUUCACGUUACAAUGGCUCAGAGAUCACGGGUACGUGAAACUGGCCCGUUGUCUGCCAGAUGUUCCUUUCAACCAGGAUACUUUCCAAUAUCUGAACAAGAUCCUGUCUUCACACUUCAUAGAGGACGCUGAUAUUGCGCAGUUGACCUCUCUGAGGAUCUCGGAGAACUGUGGUAGAACAGCACGCCCACAGUUCACCAGAAAGAUCAUCAUCGACCAUCUGGAGACCCCCAUCUUGCUCAAUGAGCCUGCACUAACGUCCGAUUCCCUGGGCUUGAAGACGUGGGGAUCUUCCCUGGUGUUGAGUGAACUCUUAGCAAAGACACACGAGGGACUGGAUAUUCAUGGUGAGAUAUUAGAACUAGGGGCAGGUACAGGGCUAGUCGGCAUAACACUCAGUAAGCUGGGCUAUGAAGUUGUAUUGACUGAUUUACCAGAGAUACUGGACAAUUUAAGGAAGAACGUUGAGCUGAACAGCGUUGAUUCGGAGUGCCAUGUAUUAGAUUGGACUGAUCCUUCGUCAUUUGUUGAGAUAAAAGGUCCCGAUGUUAAGUACACCACUGUUGUUGUUGCUGACCCGAUAUACUCACCUGAGCAUCCGCAAUGGGUGGUUAAUAUGGUUGAUAGAUUCCUUUCCAAAAGCUCAGAAUCACAGCUACUUAUACAGAUUCCCCUUAGACAGCUGUACGAGUCUGAAAGACAACUUCUCUGGAGUUUAUUGAAAGAGAUUGGCUUACGAGUCGUUGAGGAGCAGUACGUUGAUGGGUUUGACGACUUCGGAGAGCAGAAGUUUGUAUAUAAACGGUUGAAAUGGCAGCUAUAG